AUGGCUGGCAGUGAGGCGCAGAGGCCUGGACUGAGAAAGACAGGAGGAGGAGGGGGGGAGGAAACUCGCUCAGUGAAUGAAAGCAGGGCAGGUCAUGAGUGGCACCGCCCCAUGCUGCACGGCCAAACACAAACGCUAACGCUCGUGGCCAGUGCGCUUGUUUGCAGCGAGUGUCGACGGGAGGCAGAGGGUUGUUUGAUCCCGUAUCAGGCGCGACCAGGAGGUGCGUGCUCGCCGAAGCUGGAUUGGUGCACGGUGCACAUCCUUGGGUUCUGA